AUGCUGAAGCCUGUUGAAAACUGCAAAUAUUGCGGUGCGAAUAAGUUUGAGCAUGAGACGAAUGGGUUCUGCUGCAGGAAUGGAAAGAUUGGAUUGUCCACUCCAGAUACGCCACCCGAGCUCAUGAGGCUCUGGUCGAGUGCAGAUACUGAUGCUAGGCACUUCCGUGACAAUAUAAGAUUUUUCAAUGGUCAUUUCUCAUUCACCUCACUUUACUGUCACCUUGACAGUAAGACAACUGACAUGAAAAAAAGUGGUAUUUAUACGUUUCGUGCCCACGGCCAAAUGUACCACAACAUACGGUCGUUUGGUAGAGAUGGUUCGGAACCCAAGCAUCUGGAACUUUACUUCUAUGAUGACGAUCCCAGUUUAGAGCACCGGUAUCACCACUGCCGCCGAGAGCAGUAUCAGCAAGACAAGAAAGUCAUUGCAAUGCUGGUUGGCAUACUUCGUGGCAACCCAUACUCUGAACACCUCAGGAGUAUGGGACAGGUUGAGGACCUCGAGGACUACCGUGUGACACUGAACCUUGACUAUAGGUUGGACCAGAGAACAUAUAACGUCCCGGCGACUUCAGAGGUGGCCGCUGUUUUCGGCACUAACUUUGAACGUCAUAUGCUCUAUGCAGAUUCUAAUGGCAUGCUAUGCGUGUCUGUGCGGGAUUACUACUGCUACAAAUUCCAGAUACGGCCAGGGAUAUUCAACCCAAUACUGUUUGGCAAGCGUCUUUUUCAGCAGUUCGCGGUCGACACAUACAUCAAGAUCGAAAGCUCGCGGCUGGACUACAUAUGGGCUCAUCAGAAGGAGUUAAGGGCGGACUUGUACCAAGGCUUGGUGGACAGCGUGCAUGCCGGGGAGGGUAGAGCUGACGCGGUUGGAAAACGGACCGUGCUGGCUACAUCAUUUAUCGGUGGACCUCGGGAUAAGAGGCGUCGGUACCUGGAUGCUAUGGCUUUAGUGCAAAAAUAUGGGAAGCCGGACAUCUUCCUCACAAUGACAUGCAACCCAAAUUGGGAUGAGAUCACACGCGUGCUCUACCCUGGGCAGAUACCCCAGGAUCGUCCGGAUCUCGUCGUGCGUGUUUUCAGGGCGAAGCUAGAGGAACUAAAAAAGCAGUUGCUUGAUAAGCACAUGCUUGGCAAGGUGAAGGCCUAUGUCUAUGUGGUAGAGUUCCAGAAGAGGGGUCUACCGCAUGCCCACUUCCUGCUCAUCAUGCAGGGGCGGUACAAGCUCACAUGUCCGGAGCAGUAUGAUUGUAUCAUCUCUGCCGAGCUCCCGGACAAGCAUAAGUACCCAGAGCUAUACAAGAUGGUCGUCAAGCAUAUGAUGCAUGGCCCUUGCGGUGUGCUGAACCGCGAUUGCCCAUGCACGAAGGACCGUCCCACAUGCAAGAAUCAUUAUCCGCGACCUUUCAACGUGACUACCUUACAAGGCAAAGACUCCUACCCGGUGUAUAGGAGACGUGAUGAUGGCCGGCAUGCAAUGGUUCGAAAACACGAGCUAGACAAUAGGUGGGUCGUCCCAUACAACCCUUACCUACUACGACUGUUCAACUGCCACAUCAAUGUUGAGGUAUGCUCGAGUAUAAAAGCGGUUAAAUACCUAUUCAAGUACAUAUACAAGGGCCACGACCGAGCGUCUGUGACUGUGAACGAGGCUGACAGCAAUGGCAACAUCGAUGAGAUCAGGCAGUAUAGGGACGCGAGAUGGGUGACCCCUCCGGAAGCCUUGUGGAGGAUAUACGGCUUUGACCUGAGCAAGAACUCACCACCUGUGAUGCAACUACAACUUCAUCUCCCGAAUAUGCACAUGGUUUCGUUUCAAGAGGGCCAAGAUAUCCAAGAAGUGCUCAAUCGGGAAGAUGCUGAGAAGUCAAUGCUAACAGAGUAUUUCGAGGCGAACAGAGUACAUGAGCAUGCUCGGGAUAUCUUGUAUCGGGAUUUUCCCGAGUGGUAUACUUGGCAGAAAGGUAAAAAUAAAAAUUUCUGGCAACGAAGGAGACGAGAAGGUGGACAGGUUGGUAGAAUCGUGUCAGCUCAUCCAGCCGAGGGGGAACGCUACUACCUACGGGUUCUCCUAAACCACGUGACUGGCGCCACCUCCUUUGCUAACCUAAGGAUGGUUGACGGUGAGAUCCUACCUACCUUUCGUGAAGCCGCAGAGAGAAGGGGCCUGAUUGAGGCAGACAACACAUUGGACGAGUGUCUUAUGGAAGCCGAGUUGUUCCAAAUGCCACCAUCUCUCCGAAGGCUCUUUGCAACAAUAUUGGUAUUCUGUGAGCCCAGCGACGUGCGUGGACUUUGGAACAAGCACCGGGAGGCAAUGUCGGAAGACUAUCGUCGCAUCAAUCCAUGCACACUCGCGGUCCAACAAAUGGUUUUAAUAGAUAUUAGAAACAUGCUACAAUCAAUGGGUAAAGAUAUACGGUCGUUCCCUCUCCCUGAGAUCGACGAGGCACAUGACACGGCAAACGGUGUGCCUAGGGAGAUCUUUGAGGAGUCCACGAUCGAGAUUGACCAUGAGCACGCAACUUUGUCGGAUUCCCUCAAUGCCGAGCAGAGGGCCGCCUACGAUGAGAUUCUAUCUGCUAUUGACAGUGACGAGGGCAGCGUGUUUUUCGUGGAUGGACCAGGAGGGACAGGGAAGACUUUUUUGUACAAGGCAUUGCUUGCAACGAUACGCGGGCAGGAGAAGAUUGCCGUGGCAACAGCUACGUCCGGUGUUGCAGCUUCCAUAAUGCAUGGAGGAAGAACCGCGCACUCACGCUUCAAGAUACCACUUAAUGUUGACGAUGGUGCGUUCUGUAGCUUCACAAAACAGAGUGGGAUUGCCAAGCUUCUGCGGGCGACUUCACUCAUUAUUUGGGACGAAGCCUCCAUGACUAAGAGACAGGCGGUGGAGGCGCUGGACAACAGCAUGCGUGACAUAAUGAGCCGACCAGAAGUGCCGUUCGGUGGGAAGACGGUUGUGUUUGGUGGAGAUUUCAGGCAGGUCCUCCCUGUUGUCCGCAAGGGAUCAAGGGCUCAGAUAAUUGAUGCGUCGCUGCGUAGGUCGUACCUAUGGAAUUGCAUGCGUCACCUAAAACUUGUACGCAACAUGAGGGCACAUAGCGACCCGUGGUUUGCGGAGUACCUACUGCGCAUCGGUGGUGGCACUGAGGAGGCCAAUGGUGAUGGCGAAGUACGUCUUCCUAGCGACAUAUGCGUGUCGUAUACAGGGGAGGACACGAACCUCGAUAAACUGAUAGAUAACGUUUUUCCAAUGCUUGAUGAUAAUAUGUCGGAUCCAAACUACAUCACCUCGAGAGCCAUCUUGUCCACACGGAACGAUUGUGUGGACCAAAUUAAUAUGAAGAUGAUCGGUCGCUUCCGAGGGGAGGAGGUGGUAUAUCAUAGCUUUGAUCGUGCAGAAGACGAUCCCCAUAACUACUACCCCCCUGAGUUUCUUAACUCGCUGACACCAAACGGGCUACCUCCACACGUUCUAAAGCUCAAGAUGAACUGUCCUAUCAUAUUACUUAGGAACAUUGACCCCGCGAACGGACUUUGCAAUGGUACGAGGCUGGUGGUCCGGGGGUUCCAGAGAAAUGCAAUAGAUGCAGAGAUUGUGUUGGGGCAGCAUGCUGGAAAGAGGGUUUUUCUGCCUCGGAUCCCCCUGUGCCCCUCUGAUGAUGAGAUGUUCCCUUUCCAGUUUAAGAGGAAGCAGUUUCCUAUCAGGCUCAGCUUCGCCAUGACAGUCAACAAGGCACAAGGGCAAACCAUCCCCAAUGUCGGCAUUUACCUGCCUGAGCCGGUGUUCUCUCACGGUCAAUUAUAUGUCGCGCUAUCUAGAGCCACCGCCAGAGCGAACAUCAGGAUCCUCGUCGUCCCAGCUGAUGACAAAAAAAAGAAGUGCUCAAAGCAAAGUGGGACAUACACGAAGAACAUCGUCUAUAGAGAGGUCCUUACGGCAUAGAGAAACAUUCAUUCAUACAUUUAUGCUCCAAAUUGCGGUUUUGUCUAAUCACUUGACUAGGAGGGACACUCAUAUCCGACAAGUCAAGAUAUAUGGCCCACGCCCGUAAGUUGGACUCCAUACAAGCACCCAUCUAUCCAUGUAUUAAUUUCUUUAGGAUAGUUUAUGUUUGACAAGUUCUGAUACUGGCUUGGCGGAAAAGGUAAAUGCCAGACAUUGUAUAAUGUUAGCAUUCAGUUGAUGAUCCAUUAGCUUAGAAUAGAAUCAAUGUAGAAUUGGAUGCUUAUAUAAUGUCAAAUACUUUGCCUCCUAUAUGACCUUGAUUGAAUUUGCUGUUACUCUUGAAAUCCUCAUUCUUAUGAUGUCUCUUGUUUUCAGAACCCUGUUCCCCACCAACCAUUUCAUUUUACUUAAAGGGAAUUCAUAAUAUAUACUCCACUGUUAGGUGACAGUCGAUGGACAUACUCCACUGCCUGCUCAAGACUAAUGAAAGCUUAGGAAUCAGAGUUCAGAUUCCCAGUGGGAACCCUGAUUGUGCUUCAUUCCUCCCAUAAUGGCCAUGCAGAAUUCAACAUUGAAGAUUUGAAGUAUCUAUUGGAGCACCAGUUGGCUCCCUGAAACAGCAAACAGAGAAUUGUUUGCUGAUUUGUCUGUCCGUACGAUUGUACAAUUUAUACCCAUGUAAUCUAACAUGACCCAUCUCCAUGUGCGAGAGAGGUCCUCUGGGAGAGCAUCGUCCGCAGAAAUCUCUUGCCUCUUAUUUUUUACCAUGUACCUGGUUCAUUUGAUACAGUUUAUUUAUGAUAGUUAUCUUUUUUAGAGGAGUUUAUGAUAGUUAUCUUUUUCCAUGUACCUGGUUCAUUUGAUACA